AUGGCCGUCACGAAACAAAACAACACUCGCGAUAAGAAACUAUCUAAUAGAAGGAGAAAGAAGAGAAGAACCGAAGACUUUUCGUCUUCAUCUGAGUCUUCCUCAUCUUCAUCCUCAAGUGAAUCAGAUAGCGAAGAUGGCGGGGAACAAGACAACAAAGUACCGCCUGCCCAACAAGUAACAAUGGACGAUAUAGAAAUAGAUACAAAUGACGAAACAUCGUCGAAGUUGUCUAAAAAGGCUCCCGAUAACUUGACUAUAGAGCAGAAACAACAACUAAACUCAAUUUCAUUCUCAACAACAUUAGUUUCAGAAGCCACCAAUCCAAAUACAACAAAUGCAAUGAAAAGUAUACCGAAUCUCACAGAAGUAUCCAACUCUAUUGAACUGUCCAAACAAGAAAUAAACACGCGAUUUUUGAAGCUAAUGACAAAAGAAUUUGGAAAUGAUAUAGACGAAUUGAGGAAAAAACCAGACUUUAAAGAAGCAUCGUUGAGCGUUUUAGCAAAGACGCUUCAAUCAGGAGCCAAUAUGUUUGACAUUGAUGUGUUGCAGGGAUUACUUGGCGCAGAAGGAAAAGACGAGUAA